AUGUUUGCGUGCAUGUCCUUUGUUGUGGGUAUCUAUAUCCAGAAGUACCAAGAGACAUUACUAUUUCUGCGGAAAUGGAGAGAUUUUAGUUCGUCACUUGUGGCUGCACUAGGCGGGAAGAGCGGCCAGAAGCUCCUUGGCCCUGUAUCUCAUCUCCUAGUACCACUAGAUUCUCGUCCUGUCUCGGUCGUUCUAGAAUUUCUUGACUACAGUAUUGGAUGGUUUCAGCACAUCGUCGCAGAUCAUGCCAUACCAUUGCAGCGGGGAACAUCUCUUAUUGAUUCGGAUCGAACUCGAGGCAUCCAAACUGGAAAAGCGGAGGCUCUGAACCGCCGGUGCUAA